AUGGAGAUUAUAGCUGAAGGUUUACAGUUGAAUUCAGGCCACCAGAUGCCUGUGCUUGGCUUAGGCACUUAUUUGUCUUUUGAUAGAGACACUAUUAUAAAGAAUGUUAAGCACGCAGUGAUUGAUUGUGGAUACAGAUUAAUCGAUACUGCAUCAGCUUAUGAAAACGAAGAAGCCAUAGGGGAAGCUUUACAACAGUGAUUUGAAGCAGGGAUUAAGAGAGAAGAUCUGUUCAUAACUACCAAGUGUUUUAAAACAGAGUAUGAAGAUCCUGAGAAAGCUCUCAAGACUUCUCUUGAGAGGCUAAAGCUCGAUUAUGUUGAUUUGUAUCACAUCCACUGGUGCAUGACUAUGAUUGACUUUGACAAGAUGGAAGUUACUGGGCCUCCUAUUCAUAAAGUCUGGGAGAAGUUUGAGAAGCUUUCUGAAGAAGGACUUGCCAAGUCUAUUGGUGUUUGUAAUGCCAAUGUUAUGAUGUUAGUAGAGCUGCUGGCAGGAGCUAAGGUCAAGCCCUCUGUUGUUCAGGUAGAACUUCAUCCUUAUCUUCAACAAGAAGGGUUAGUUAAUACUUGCCAAAGGUUUAACAUUCAACUAACUGCAAUGGCACCAUUAGGAGCUCCAGGAUUCCCGUAUUCAGAUGGGUCACAUAAGAUUCUUGAAGAUGAGAUUAUCAAAGAAAUAGCUGACAAGCAUGGAUGCACUCCAUCUCAAGUCAUCCUUGCUUGGAAUAUUCAGAGAAAAGUCAGCGUCAUUCCUAAAUCUACAAAUAAUGAUAGAAUAAAGGAAAAUAAAGGAGCUGAAGAUAUAACACUAGACUCUGAAGAUUUGAAUAAGAUAAAAACUCUUAAUAAGGGUCACAGAUUUUUUGAUCCUGGAAUGUGGAUAGAACCUGAAUCAGGAUGGUUUAACUUGAGCGACUUUGAUUAAACUCACAUUGGCACUAUUAUCGACUGAAUUUUCA